AUGGCCAACGUAAAGAGGGCAGCUAGUGAUACCGCCGACGCAAUUAAGGGAGUGAUCGACGCCUUCCAGCAACAUAUACGCGAGCUUAAGGCUUUGGGACGGCCAGUGGAAUUUUGGGACGAUAAGCUAUUGUACGAACUAGUCAAUAAAUUAGACUUCGAGACACGAAAGCAAUGGGAGCUAUCACUCGUCACUCAUGAGCCUCCGUCAUUCGAACAGCUGCCCCCGUUUUUAGAAGUUAGAUGUCGUUCUCUAUCAAUGCUAUCAUCGUCAACGGUAUUAUUGCCAGCUAUGGGUAAAACCGCGUCGGUGUGUAAGUCUACGAAUGUGUUUCACGCAGUGCAAGAUCAGAACAGCACGGGCUGUAUAUUUUGUAACGGGCCACACAAAAUAUACAGUUGUGAAAAAUUUCGGGACCUUGACGCAAACGGUAAAUCGAAAUUUGUGAGAGAAUCGCGCCUGUGUAUGAACUGCUUGAGUUCAGGCCAUUAUAAGGCAAAGUGUAACAGCACAUCUGCAUGCAGGAUUUGCCAUCAACGCCAUCACACGCUGUUGCAUAAUACUGCCGCUACAACUAACGCUACAACCGUUGCUCAUUUCGUCAACAGCGCCUCUCUUAGGCCUUUCUCCCCCGCCGCAGACGUCAUGCAUCAAACGAAUGCAACCGUUUCAUCCGCUAACGGUCCUUCCACAGACACCGCUGCUGCCUGUACGUCUUCAUAUUUGAAUGCCAAUCCCAACCAGCCUCAUCCAAGAGAAAGAACUGUGCUGUUGGCGACCGCCUUAGUCAAGGUACGCGAUUGCUCUGGUCAUUGGCAACUCGCUCGCUUGCUGUUUGAUUCUGGUUCGCAUGCUUCCUUCGUAACCGAGUCAUGUGUACAACGCUUGGGAUUAGCGCGAAGAGGGUCCGCAAUAUUGAUUUCUGGAAUUGGUUCCUCCCAAGGGAUACGCUCUAGGGGUGAAGUAUUACUUUCAUUAUCAUCUCAUUUUUAA